CGUUAGUUAGCGUUUGGAAGAAAAAGGAAGCAACCCAACCAACCACUGAGAAGACACCAUUCCAUUCACCUUUCUUCUCAAAUGACUCUCUUUUCUUCCUAGAUCCCUUGACUUUACACAUUCCAAUUUUAUUCUGUGGAUGAAGUUGCAGCCAUGCAUUCUUUACCCUCAUCAAUCUCUUCCAAUUACCCUCUCAUUUCUGCUUUCGUUGCUUUUGCCCUUGCCCAAUCCAUCAAGUUCUUCACCACCUGGUUUAAGGAAAGAAGAUGGGAUCUUAAGCAAUUAGUUGGGUCUGGUGGAAUGCCAUCAUCUCAUUCAGCUACUGUCACUGCUCUUGCAUCUGCCGUUGGGUUGCAAGAAGGCUUUCAAGGACCUCUUUUUGCUAUUUCCUUGGUUUUCGCUUGUACUGUGAUGUAUGAUGCUACUGGUGUAAGAUUGCAAGCAGGACGCCAAGCAGAGGUUUUAAACCAAAUUGUGUAUGAACUUCCUUCUGAGCAUCCUCUUGCUGAAAGGAGACCACUUCAUGAACUUCUAGGGCACACACCCCCUCAGGUGAUUGCGGGUGGGAUACUUGGACUCUUAACAGCACUUGCCCUUCUAAGACCCCUCACUAUAAAUUGAGGCCUUUCUUCACUUCAGUUUCUGCUCUCAAAAAUAACUCUGCAUUUCAAGAACUUAACAAUUUUUCUUUUCUGAUGUCAAGAUCAUAGAUAAAAAAUUGAAUGCAAUAGCUCCAUGCGUUCAAAUCUAUUACUGUUUGUGGGUGUUAGGUAUCUAAAAGGGAAUAAUGUAUUUCAAAGGAAUUUAAGUCUA